GCAGAUGGGUGCCAUAGCCAGUGAAGGGGAAAGGAUGAUUUGAGAUGAAGAAGCAGGUGAGGUGAUGACCCUACAUCCACAAUUCAAUCUUAAAUAAUGGCUUUUCCUCAAUGAUUUCAGCUGUACAGGGGCCAACUCUCUUACUUUCUGAACCUGCCACACUUCCCAGGUGCUAGAAAAACCAUUUCAGGUUCAUCUUUUUGAGUUUUUGGGAAAUAUUGUCUGUCACUUGUUAGAAUUAGCAUGUCAUGCAAGUCGGAAAAUAUUAAUUUUUGUCAAGUAUCUUUUCAAAUUUUGAAAAUAGUUCAUGAGGAAGAGGUUCAGUGACGGGGAUGGGUGGAUCUUGAUUGGAAAAUGUGAUGGACCAAGAAUUUUUCCUGCAGCACAUUCACACGUUUUAGUUUUAUUGCCCACAUCCUUCUCAAAACGUCUUCUGUGUCAGGCUUUUCUCCAUCAUCUGGGGACAUGCACUAGGAGUCUAGAACCAACCUAACCAACACGGCACUGAAGUCAAGUCAACUAGAAGUUUCAACUCCCCUGCCCUUCUAACCCAUAUUUCUAAAACACAAAACAAAAAUACUCCAUUGGAAUAGGAACUGUGGCAUGGCUCCUCAAGUUCUUGGCUCGAAAUCUCGGUUUGCUCCUUCUUGCCAUGCACCCUUUCUUCUCUGCAGCCUCCUCAUAUUUCUGUCCUCCAACACUAUAAUACUCUCAUCUGCACAAGCUAGCAACAGCUCCGAGAGUGACCGGCAAGCCCUUCUCUGCUUCAAAUCCGGCAUCUCCAAGGACCCUGCUGGUGUUCUCGGAUCAUGGCGCAACGACUCACUCAACUUCUGCAGCUGGCAAGGGGUCAACUGCAGCAUAACCCUCCCAAUCCGAGCUGUCUCCAUAGAAUUCAAAUCUAUGCGGCUAACAGGAACACUAUCCGGUUGCCUGGCAGCCCUUACUUCUCUAGUGCAGAUGAACCUUCAAAAUAAUAAAUUGUCUGGAAGCAUACCUGACGAGAUAGCUGAGCUUCAGAACCUCCAAAUUCUGAUGCUUGCCGGCAACAGGCUUGCAGGUAUUAUCCCUCUGUCAUUAGGUACAGCUGCAUCUCUUCGAUAUGUCAACCUUGCAAAUAAUUCUCUUAGCGGAGUUAUCCCUGAUUCCUUAUCAAAUAGUUCCUCACUCAGUGAGAUAAUCCUCUCACGCAACAACUUAUCUGGGGUGAUCCCGACUAAUCUGUUCAAGUCAUCCAAGCUUGUUACUGUAGAUCUCCGAUGGAAUGCUCUCUCAGGGCCAAUUCCACAAUUUGAAAAGAUGGCAGCCCUGCAAGUUCUUGAUCUUACAGGGAAUUUACUUUCUGGUACUAUACCAACCUCUCUUGGAAAUGUUUCAUCUUUGCGUUCCAUCGUGCUAUCUCAAAACAACUUACAAGGACCAAUUCCAGAAACUCUAGGUCAAAUUCCAAACCUGCAAAUGCUGGAUCUAAGUCAGAACAUAUUCUCAGGGUAUGUCCCAGACACGAUAUACAAUGUCUCAUCACUCAGAAUCUUUGACUUAGGCAUUAACAAUUUUAAUGGACGGAUGCCUUCCAGAAUUGGACAUUCACUUCCGAAUCUCCAAACAUUGGUAAUGAGAGGCAAUAGAUUCAGUGGAUCAAUCCCAGAUUCUCUGACCAACAUGUCUAAGCUCCAAGUGCUUGAUCUUUCAAUCAACUUGCUAACUGGUGUGAUACCGUCUUUUGGAUCCUCGGUAAACUUGAAUCAACUACUUCUAGGAAAUAACAAUCUAGAAGCUGAUGACUGGGCGUUCCUUACUUCUCUGUCCAACUGCACUCAGUUGUUAAGGUUAGCAAUGGAUGGGAAUAUCUUGAAUGGAAGUAUUCCAGAAUCAGUAGGCAAUCUUUCAAGAAAGUUAGAGCGGUUAAACUUUGGACAAAACCAAAUUUCUGGAAAUAUACCAGCUGAGAUAGGAAACCUUGUAAACCUCACUCUGCUUGACAUGGGUCAGAACAUGCUCUUAGGACAAAUUCCCCUGACAAUUUGGAACUUGACCAACUUGUUUGUCCUAAAACUUUCCAUGAACAGGUUGUCAGGUCAAAUCCCAUCAACAGUUGGUAAUCUUCUUCAACUCGGCCACCUUUAUCUUGAUGACAAUGAGUUGUCUGGAAACAUACCGCCAAAUAUAGGACAAUGUAAAAGGCUGCUUAUGCUGAACUUUUCAGCUAACCAUUUUAAUGGAUCCAUACCAAUUGAACUCGUUGGUAUAUCUUCCCUUUCCUUGGGUUUGGACUUGUCAAACAAUAACCUGACAGGGCCAAUGCCACAGCAAGUUGGUAACCUGAUCAAUCUUGGCCUCCUAAGUGUUUCCAACAACAGAUUAUCUGGUGGACUUCCUGCUGGACUUGGCCAGUGUGUUCAACUGCUAUCGCUUCACAUGGAACACAACAUGUUUAGUGGGAAUAUUUCCGAGGAUUUCAGAGCACUGAAGAACAUACAGCAGAUAGAUCUGUCUGAAAAUAAUUUGACUGGUCAAGUUCCAGAAUUCUUUGAGAACUUCACCAGCUUAAAUGUUAAUAUAUCAUACAACAAAUUUGAAGGACCAAUUCCGACUGGUGGUAUCUUUCAAAAUUCAAAGGUUGUUUCCCUGCAAGGCAACAUAGGAUUAUGUGAAAAAGCAGCUGCCAUAUUUGAACUACCAAUUUGCCCCACCACCCCCACUUCCCCAGCAACCAACAGGAGGAGCCAUGCACGCCUGAUUCUGAUAAGCAUUCCACUGGUUAUUAUUGCUUUGUUCGCUUUUCUGUACGCUCUUGUCACUGUUAUGAAGGGAACUGAAACUCAACCACCUGAAAACUUCAAGGAGACAAAGAAGAGGGUGUCAUAUGGCGACAUUCUUAAAGCCACCAGUUGGUUCUCUCUGGUCAACCGGAUCAGCUCAAGUCAUACAGCGUCAGUCUACAUUGGUCGGUUUGAGUUCGAAACAGAUCUAGUGGCCAUCAAGACGUUCCAUCUUAGUGAGAAAGGUUCACAAAAUAGCUUUUUCACUGAGUGCAAAGUGCUAAAACAUACCCGCCAUCGCAAUCUGGUUCAAGCUAUUACCUGUUGCUCAACGGUAAAUUUUGAGAACAAUGAAUUCAAGGCUAUCGUGUACGAGUUCAUGGCAAAUGGUAGCCUAGACAUGUGGAUACACGCAAGGCUUCACCAAGGCAGCCCAAGGAGGCUUCUGACCUUAGGUCAGCGGAUAAGUAUUGCUGCUGAUGUGGCUUCUGCUCUGGACUAUCUGCAAAACCAGUUGAUACCUCCUCUGGUUCACUGCGAUUUGAAGCCAAGUAAUGUUCUUCUGGACUACGACAUGACCUCGCGCAUUGGUGACUUUGGGUCUGCCAAGUUUCUCUCUUCAAGUCUUGGUGGGCCAGAAGGCUUGGCGGGUGUCGGAGGAACAAUUGGAUAUAUUGCACCUGAAUAUGGGAUGGGAUGCAAAAUCUCAACAGGUGGUGAUGUAUAUAGUUUCGGGGUGCUGCUACUGGAAAUGCUCACGGCGAUGCGACCAACCGACGCAGUUUGUGGCAAUGCCCUCAGCCUUCACAAGUAUGUUGACCUAGCUUUCCCUGAUAGGAUUGCCGACAUUUUAGAUCCACAUAUGUCAUAUGGGGAGGAUGAGUUGGCUGCUUCUCUAUGUAUGCAAAACUACAUAAUACCAUUGGUUGGAAUUGGCCUAGCGUGCUCUGCGGAAUCACCAAAAGAUAGACCGGCAAUGCAGGAUGUUUGUGGCAAAAUUGUUGACAUCAAAGAGGCAUUUGUCCAAACCCCGUGAUUACAGAUUUACAGCGACUAGUCUGAUGCAGCUCGAUAUCACAGAUCCUGACUAUAUUUGAAAGUACAGUUGCUAUACUACUGUAAUUCUUCUAUGUGAAAUGCAGCUGUAUUAUUUACAGAACUGUAACAAUUUUUAAUGUAUACCUGAUUAGUAUGCACCUUUAUGAUAUGGGUCGGGGUGAUCCUUCUUUUUGAGAUCAAAGCGAGAAUACCCUCCGAGAGUAAA